AUGAAAUUUAACUCCAUUACCGAUAGGUACAAUUACCAAAAUUAUGAUGCUAUAGAAAAAUACUAUAGAGAAAAAACUCUUUACUCAGAAGAUGAAAGUACAUAUGAAGUAAUGGAGACAUCUCUAAGUCAAGCUCUUGAAGCUUCAUUUCAACAAGAAGGACAAAAGAAAAAGAAUUAUCCUAUAGACACAACUAAAACUAAUGCUAUGAUGAUAACAGAAAAACGAGGAUUAACUCAAUUAUUACAAAAAGGCCAAAUUUGUAAAGUAAUCAAGCAAAAUGAAAAACUUGGAAAAGUACAUCUUACUUAA